GUGGGUUGGGUGACGAGAGUGAGGCUCGCCUCGGUAGCUUCACCCAGCCAGAAAAGGGAAGCAGACUUGGCCAGCACAAGAGAGGGGUUCCACUCGGUGCUGGUGUGAAGCUCGCUCUGACCCUGAGUCUGGGAGAGGAGGCCGAGAGACAGCAGGGGACCCACGGUGCUUGGAGUUGGACCCAGGGUGUCCCAAGGUUCAGCGCCCGUCGAGAACAAGGACAGCCGUCUCUCUCUCUUUUACCCCCCCCAUCUCUUUCUCUCUCUCUUUCUCACUCUGUCUCUCCCGCUCUCUCGCUCCCGCUCUCUCCUCUCUCGCCCUCCGUCCCUCCCUCGCUCUUGCCUCCGGCCGGAAGGCGGAUGCCUCGAACGAUGGCCCACGCCCUGCCCGUCCUGCUGUGCCUGGGAGCAGCACUCUGGCCUGUUUAUAGUUUUAACCUGGAAACGACCAAUCCGAAAUCCUUCAGUCAGAGUGUGCAAUCACAAUUCGGCUACAGAGUAACUCAGUUCAAAGGUAGCUUCAACAGCUUGCUGGUGAGCGCACCGACGAAGACAGACAGCCAACAGAAUCAGACUGGCGCUCUCUAUCACUGCAAAUACAAUGAACAGCGAUGCCAGAGCAUUAACAUGCCAGUUAUAAAUGGAGAAAAGAAUCUGGGACUCUCAUUAGCAACUGACAAGACAAAAGAACGGAACGUUCUUGCCUGUGUUCCUCGUUUCUCUUAUGAAUGUUUUACCAACACCUACAUCAAUGGCUACUGCAACAUCCUGUCCAACUCCUUGGUCCAAACAGGGCGCGUUCCCAGCAAGGUUCCAGUGUGCCCCAAGAUCUUGAUCGAUAUCGCUUUCCUGAUCGAUGGUUCGGGCAGUGUGAGUCAGAACGAUUUUCAAAGGAUGAAAAGCUUCAUCAAAGCGAUCAUGCAGCGGUUCAGCAACGAGAAUGCACAGAUUGCGUUAGCACAAUUCAGCCACAUCACACAGAUAGAGUUCACCUUUACAAGUUACAAUCAGGCUCAUAAGAAGGAAAGCCUUGUGGAUAAAAUAAAGCAAAUUGGAUGGGGAACGAUGACACCAGCGGGGAUUCAAUUUGUCGCGGAUAACAUAUUCACAUCAGGAGCUGGUGCACGAAAUGGAGCCAACCGGAUUAUGAUAACCAUCACUGACGGACAGUCUCAGGAUAAAAAAUUCGCAGCAGCCAUUGAAGCAGCUAAUAAGAAAAAUAUCAAUCGUUACUGCAUCGGGGUUGGCAGUUCAUUCACCAGUUAUGAUGAAAAGAAAGAACUGGAGACAAUUGCUUCCAAAAAAGAGUAUGUUUUUCAAGUGGACAACUUUAGUGCGCUUGACAAGAUUCAGAAAGAAUUGCAGGAAAAGAUUUUUGCAAUCGAAGGCACCGGCACAUCGGCAUCUUCAAGCUCCUUCCAGCUGGAAAUGGCCCAGGAGGGCUUCAGUUCCCUGAUCACCGACGAGGCGUUCGUCCUGGGAGCGGUCGGAGCGUACGAUUGGUCGGGCGGCCUUGCCGAAUUCACGUCAGGGGUCAGGAGGUUUUACAACUUGACUGCAACGGCCAGCCCUGAUGCGAAGAACGCGUACUUGGGGUACAGUGUAAAGGAAGCUAUGAAAGGCCGUGAGCGUUUCUACAUCACGGGCGCACCCCGCUACAGCCAUAAGGGCAAAGUAUUUAUUUUCGCCCAAAGCUCCCUGCGUGAUUACAGGGACCAUAUCGAUGGCAAACAGAUUGGCUCAUAUUUUGGAUCGGAACUGUGCCCGGUGGACCUGAAUGGGGACAGGCAGACGGACCUGUUGCUGGUCGGCGCUCCCAUGUAUCACUCCCAGGAGAAUGGCGGGAUUGUCCAUAUUUACAGGAUGGAGAACAUGGGUACGGUGAAAGAAGUCAGCUCUCUGUUGGGAGUGCAAGGGGAGCUAUUGGGCCGCUUCGGCAGUGCCAUCGCCCAGAUCAGCGACCUGAACGGGGACCGCCUGGCCGAUGUAGCUAUCGGAGCACCCCUAGAGGACGAACACCGUGGGGCCGUCUACAUUUACCACGGAACCCAGGACCGCAUCAAACCCACCUACAGCCAGCGCAUCCGGUCACCAGGAUUCCACUACGGCCUCAAGUACUUUGGCCAGUCCAUCGAUGGAUCCAUGGACGUCAGUGGGGAUGGGCUCACCGACAUCGCUGUAGGUGCCCUAGGGAAGAUCUUUGUUUUCCGAUCCCGGCCGGUUAUGGAUGUGACCAUCACUAUGACAUUCAAUCCAACGAAGAUAAUGUUGAAAGACGUAGAUUGUCCGGACAACGCUAUUGGACCCAAAAUAGAUGCCGAAAUUUGCUUCACCAUCAGGCAACUGACAAAGAAAAUAUCGGGUACCCCGUCGCUUGACUUCAGCUACGAGGUGAAUUUGGACACAGGUCGAAAGAUAGAAAGAGCUGAACUGAAGUCAGAUGCCAAGGGAUCCUUCAAACUGAGCAAAAAAAUAUGCCUGAAACCCAAGAUACAAGUUCAGAGCUGUAUCCAGGAUUUCCUGAAUCCCAUCGAAGUGCAGGUGAAUUACACUGGGCUGGGACUAAGUUCCGGCAACAGCCCAGCGCCUGUUUUACGGACAGGAGAGGAAGGAAUUUCCAUUGGAAAACUACCGUUCGAGAAGGAGUGCGGAGCUGACAACAUCUGCAAGGACCAAAUGGUGGUCCAUUUCAGCAUCGUGGGGGCCCAGUUCAUCGUGGUUGGGAGCUACUCAACUCUCACGCUCGAGGUGACUCUGGAGAACGCUGGCGAGAACUCCUACUUCGCCAAGGUCACCUACCGAGUACCCACCGGCCUCACGUUCAGGAAAACCUCCAUCAUCUCAGCCAGCCGCCGAUCCCAUAUCGAAUGCGACGACUCAAAGAACUCCAAGUACUCCACCGUUGGGAUCGUCUCCUGCCGGGUCAAUCAACCCAUCUUGCGGACCGGAACUAAAGUGCGGUUCAACACGACCUUCGAUGUGGCUUCAGAUGUGGUGUGGAAGCCGAUGGCUGAAAUUAGCAUCAACGCCAGCAGUGACAAUGAACAGAGUAUCACAACAAAGAGCUUCGUUUCCAAAACCAUUGGCGUCAAAUACGAGGUGAACGUGAUUAUCAAAGGGAUAGAAUCCACUCAGUAUAUCAACUUCACAACAGACAUGGCAGAGGAAAAACCUGUUCAACACAUCUACAAAGUCGAGAAUGUGGGCCCACAGUCCCUUCCCAUCAAUAUAACCUUCCAAGUGCCAUUCAAAAUCGGGACUGGACUAACCUGGGAGAAACUGACCGUCAAGUCCUAUGAUAGUGAAGCAAAGUGCAGGAAGAGGGAAGGGACAUCCCAAGCAGACGGGCAACAGAUUAAUUCACUGAACAUCUCGCAGAGCUGCAACAUAUCGACCUGUAAGGCCUUCAUCUGCCAAAUUCCGCAGCUCAGGCACAACGGCAAGGCUGUCUUGUCCAUUCAGGGGGUCGUGACCUGGAGCAAGCCGCAGCAGGUCCAUGCCCAGGAGCUGAGACUCGUGACUCAUGCAGAAGUCGGCUAUGAUGAGAGCAAGUAUAUUCAUGUCUCUCAAGCCACCAACCACUUCCAACAAGCCAUGGUCGCCACGAGGGUUGAGAUUGUAGAAAUCCCGAACAUGCUGCCGAUCAUCGUAGGGAGCUCCAUCGGAGGCUUGGUCCUGCUGGCCGUUGUGGCUGGGAUCCUGUAUAAGGCCGGAUUCUUCAAGAGGGGCUACAAGGCCAAGCUGGAGGAGGAUGCCGGUGACGAUGGACCCGGCGGGUCCCCGAUCGACGCUUCUGCCCCCGAGGGGGACAACGCCUGAGGCCCAAGCCCGGGGAGCUGGACGCGGGCGCCCGCGAGUUGCUGUUGCUGCUGCUGCUGUACCGCCACCACCACCACCACCACGGAAAUAAUCAAGAGGCUGCUGCACCGUCCAAGGGAACAAGCCAAGAAAGGGAGUGGAAAGACUGUGGGGAGAGUGCGGGGAGUGCAGGGAGUGCGGGGAGGAGUGCAGGGAGGUUGGGGGAGUCGUGCGGAGCAGAGUGGGGUCAGGGGGGAGAACUGAAGGAGCCUGGCUGCUGAUCGUAAACAUUACCGAGCCCCCUUUUUAACAGGAGGGUCCUCACUCCCCGAGCCCCCUGUCUACAGGAUGGUCUUCACUCCCCGAGCCCCCUGUCUACAGGAGGGUCCUCACUCCCCGAGCCCCCUGUCUACAGGAGGGUCCUCACUCCCCGAGCCCCCUGUCUACAGGAGGGUCCUCACUCCCCGAGCCCCCUGUCUACAGGAGGGUCCUCACUCCCCGAGCCCCCUGUCUACAGGAGGGUCCUCACUCCCCGAGCCCCCUGUCUACAGGAGGGUCCUCACUCCCCGAGCCCCCUGUCUACAGGAGGGUCCUCACUCCCCGAGCCCCCUUCUUAACAGGAGAGUCUUCACUCCCCGAGCCCCCUGUCUACAGGAGGGUCCUCACUCCCCGAGCCCCCUGUCUACAGGAGGGUCUUCACUCCCCGAGCCCCCCUGUCUACAGGAGGGUCUUCACUCCCCGAGCCCCCUGUCUACAGGAGGGUCCUCACUCCCCGAGCCCCCUGUCUACAGGAGGGUCUUCACUCCCCGAGCCCCCCUGUCUACAGGAGGGUCCUCACUCCCCGAGCCCCCCUGUCUACAGGAGGGUCCUCACUCCCCGAGCCCCCCUGUCUACAGGAGGGUCCUCACUCCCCGAGCCCCCCUGUCUACAAGAGGGUCCUCACUCCCCGAGCCCCCCUGUCUACAGGAGGGGUUUCUGGUCAACUCUGCCCAAUUGGGACUACGGGGUGGGAUUUGGGAUUUCACGUGGUGGGGUAGGUACUGCCACAAACAGCCAGGUGGUCACAGCGAGGAUGUAAAGGCCCCCUGUACACCCUGACUUUCACGCUUCAACCCCCUCGCAAUAAACACCAGCAGUCCGCCUGCCUUCGCUAACUACUUGCUGCACCUGCGGACUCACUUCUUGUGACUCAUGGUGACACCGCCUCCCAAACCCACCACCUCUACCAUCUAGGACAAGGGCAGCAGACACACGGGGAACACCACCACCUGGAAGUUCCCCUCCGAGCCCCUCACCAUCCCGGCUUGGGAAUAUAUCGGCCGUCCCUUCACUGUCGCUGGGUCCAAAUCCUGGAACUCCCUCCCUAACAGCGCUGUGGGUGUACCUACACCACACGGGGACUGCAGCGGUUUCACGUUGGCUGGAAAGCAUCCGAGAUGCCCCAUGGCUGAAAUGCUCUUAACAAACCCAGUCUCUUGCCCCCACCCCACCCCCCUCCCCCUGCCCUUGCCCUGUGAAUUUUCCCCCUUCCAGUGUUUCUCCGAUUCCCCCAUUCUGAGUGUUCCUAUUGAAUCUGCUUCCACCGACCUUUCAGGCAGCACCUUCCAGAUCAUAAGAACUCGCUGGGUCCCACAAAACCUGUCCCCAUCUCCCCCUCCACCACACACACACACACACACACACACACACACACAACACAGCCCCCACAACUCUGGUUCUUAUCCCAAUCGCCUCCGAUCCCUGUCCCUCUGGUUUCCCCACCCUCCUGUCACUGGGAACAGUUUCCUCCUCGUUCCCUCGAUCCCAACCCCCCUUCCCGAUUGGGAACGCCUCAAUUCAAUCUCUCCCCCACCCCCCCUCCCCUUAGCCUUCUCUGCUCCGGAGCAGACUGAUCCCAGCUCCUCCUCCCAGUCCCUUCAGGUAACGGAUGCCUCACUGACUGCAGCACUCUGGUCAAUCACUCCCCGGCGGUUCCGUACCAUAAAGUCUGGGUAGUGAUGGUCCUGUCGGAGAGCAGGAGCCAGGAUUUUGACCCAGCGACAGUGAAAGAACGGCCGGGGUGCGCUCAGGGUGGGAUGGUGUGCAACAGCGGUGGGCGAGGCCUGGGAGGGUGAACGGUGUGUUCCCCCCUACCCCCACACGCAACUGCUGCCCUCGUUCCAAGGCUAGGCCAAGGGGCUAAGGCAACAGGGAGAGCUCCCCUCGCCCCCCCCAUGACAGUCCAGGCCCUGGGGUCCUAUAAACCCAUGAGAACCACGCCCUCAGUUUAACAUCUCAUCCAAAAGAUGUGCCCCCCAUCGUUCCCUCAGCACUGACCCUCCGACAAUGUGGCUCUCCCUCAGCGCUCACCCUCCGACAGGGCCGGCGCUCCCUCAGCGCUCA